ACUUCAUAGUGUUUUCAGUGAAUGUACGAAAAUUUUGUCAUUUAUUAUCUUGGUGUUGCAUGUAAAUGUUGAUUUGUUUGUGCAGAAAUAGAUUAAAGUAUCAAACAAGAUGCCAGCUGCUAGGAAGCUGACUUUUAGCUCAAAGCUGAGUAGGAGUGAUCCUCAUGAGAGCCCUGUUUUGAUUGUUGGGCAAGUGAAGCACUUGAACCAACUUAAAUUUUCUGAUGUGAAACUUAAACUUGAACCAAGAGUCACUGAAGAGGUGUUUAAGAAUGCUAUAGCCAGUUUACAGCCUUCACCCACAGACAGUUGCUCCUUAUAUUUGAAUUUGGCGACUGUCGCUGCUUUGCCUGUUAAAUGCAGCAGACAUAACACUCCUUCAAGAUCCCAUACUUUGACUCGUUUAGUACAAAGUUAUGUUGUCGGAGUAAAUGAGAGCAUCGUCAUAGUUUGCGAAAAGAAAGAUGUCUACGCCAGUGGCUGUGCCGUUGCUCGCGCCUUUCCGACUUACUCGAGAAAGACAACAAUUUCCAAUUCGAACAAUAAUGUUACAAUUGAAUUCAUUGUUAUUCCCAAUCAAGAAUCAAAUGACGAUAGCUUGGAUGUUACUCCAGAAGAUUUAAGGGUCCUGGAUGCUGCAGCCUAUGGAAUUAGGCUUGCUGCGUUCAUCGUCGAUGCUCCUUGCAAUGAAAUGAACGUUGAUCAUUUUGUACAGGAAGUAGAAAAGGUUGGAAAUGAACUGAAUAUAAAACCAACCAUAAUUCGCGGCGAAGAAUUGAGGGAAAAAGGGUUCGGAGGAAUUUAUGGGGUCGGAAAAGCCGCCACCUGUCCUCCAGCUUUGGCCGUGCUCAGCCACACCCCGCCUGGUGCUCGUAACACUGUCGCAUGGGUUGGAAAAGGCAUUGUUUACGAUACUGGCGGUCUGAGCAUUAAGGGAAAGACCUCUAUGCCUGGUAUGAAAAGGGACUGCGGAGGAGCUGCCGGUAUUUUGGGUGCCUUCUAUGCUGCGGUCAAAUCGAAUUUCUCGCAAAACUUACACGCUGUGUUUUGCCUUGCCGAGAACUCCGUUGGCCCGGAUGCUACCAGACCCGACGAUAUUCAUACAUUAUACUCAGGUAGAACAGUGGAGAUAAACAAUACCGAUGCCGAAGGACGAUUGGUCCUAUCGGACGGUGUUGUUUACGCCAAAAGAGACUUAAAUGCCAAUAUUAUUGUUGAUAUGGCUACACUCACCGGAGCUCAGGGUAUUGCGACCGGAAAAUAUCAUGCUGCCGUCUUGACCAACAACGGCGAUUGGGAGGAUACAACAAUGACCGCUGGAAAAUUAUCCGGUGAUCUUGUCUUUCCGGUUCCCUACUGCCCCGAAUUGCACGUAACAGAAUUUUCGUCAGCUAUUGCUGAUAUGAAGAACUCUGUUGCCGACAGAGGCAACGCUCAGCCCAGCUGCGCUGGAUUGUUCAUAGCUUCUCAUCUCGGUUUUGAUUAUCCCGGAGUUUGGCUUCAUGUUGACAUGGCCGCUCCUGCUUAUUAUGGAGAAAGAGCGACGGGAUAUGGAGUGGCUCUACUGACGACUCUUUUCGGAAGUUUCUGUGAGCUGCCGUUGCUUAAAUCAAUUGGUCCUAAUUUGGAUGACAGCAUGACAGAGAAUUGUGCAAAGAAAAUCAAGAUGAAUUAAUCAUAUUUUUAUAAAAUAAAUAUAAUGGGACAAAGCUUUUAAAUAAAUCAUU